AUGAGCCAGUCAGCCGCUGACGAUGUGUUCACCUGCAUUACAUGCAGUGUGGCAUUCCUCAGCGCGCCUGAACAGCGCAAGCACUUUCACUCAGAUUUUCAUCGCUACAAUAUGAAGCGCCGCGUGGCGAAUCUCGCCCCCGUCAAUGCGCAGACGUUCAACGACAAGAUUCGCGAGCGCCGUGCGGCACUCGAAUCGUCCGAAAAGGCGAGCAAGGAGGAUCAUGGCAGGUGCGAUGUGUGUAGCAAGACGUUUUCGUCUCUCAAUGCGUACCGAGACCACAUGCAGUCGCGCAAGCACCGCGAGAAAGCACUAAAGUACCAGCCCAGAUCCAAAGCGCCCCUGGAGCAUGUACGUGAGAUGAAGCAGGCCUUGCCGGAAGAUGACGAAAACGUGGAUGACGAGGAGCGCGCUAUCCGACAAAAGCUCAGCAAGGCGCGCCGUAUCGAUCCAGCGUACGAGUGCAUGUUUUGCAGCGCGGCACAGUCGUCGCUUGAGGCCAGUAUGGAGCACAUGCGUGCAUCGCAUGGCUUUUUUGUGCCGGAGCGCAAGUAUCUCGUGGACCUGGCCGGUCUCUUACGCUACCUUGCCGACAAGGUAUCGGUAGGAAACGUGUGCCUUUGGUGCAAUGGCCGCGGCCGCGGCUUUCAUGACUUGGGCGCCGUCCAAAAACACAUGGUCGACAAGUCGCACUGCAAGGUCGCAUACGACACGCAAGAAGACCAGCUAGAGCUGAGCGACUUUUACGAUUUCCGCAGCAGCUACGCCAACGCUCCGACCGCCACGGACGAGUGGGAAGAUGUGGAGGAGGAAGAGCAGGACGACGGCGAUGGCGAAGCGGUGUGGGAAGACGACGAUGACGAGACGAUACCCGAUAACGGCAUCCGGUACGGUGAUUCCGAGUACGAACUCGUUCUGCCGUCCGGCGCGCGCCUUGGACACCGCUCUAUGCAGCGGUACUACCGCCAGUCGCUGUGGCAGACGCCUGCGGCGCAUGCUCGCGAGACGGCCUCGACGGCUCAUGGACGUGCAUUGGCGCAUCGUCUAGCUGACGCAUCGUCCAAGGAGCUGGUCGUGCCGUCGCGUGGUGGCCAGGAGCUCGUCGCACGCAACCGUGGCGAGGCGAAGGAAGCUACGCGUCACGUCCGCGAGUUCCGUGACAGCCGGCGCCGUGAGCUCUUCCGCACUAAGGUUGGGUUCAAGCAUAACCACCAAAAACACUACCGUGAUGCUCUUUUGCAGUAG